AUGUCAGCCACCACAAGUCUAUCAAGGCAAGCACUCGCCCGUGCCUGGAAACAAGUGGUGCCUGUGCGCCCCACGGCAUUUCGCACAUCCUUCCUCGCCAGGCACAACGGCGCCAGCCAUGUCUGCGCCUACUCUACCGAAGCUCCCCCUCCGCCGCUGCUGGCCCAGCUCAAGGGCGACCUCAAGGGUGCCAUGAGGGCCAAGGACGCGCCGCGCCUGGCCGUGCUCCGCUCCGUGCUGGCCGCGACGCUCAACGCGAGCAAGACGGGCACGCCCAUCACCACCGACGCCGCCCUCGUCGCGCUCCUGCGCAAGACGGCCCGAUCGUACCAGGAGGCCGCCGAUGGGUUCCACGCCGCCAACCGCCCGGACCUGGCCGAGAAGGAGGAGGCCCAGAUCAAGAUCCUCGACGAGUAUUCGGCCAAGAGCGGCAUCGAGACUGUUGGCGAGGAGGCACUCAGGGCCAUUGUCCGGACAGCCAUUGACGGCUUGCCGGCUGACAAGAGCAAGAAUGUUGGCGAGGUCAUGAAGACAGUGCUCCGUCCCGAUGGCCCUCUGGCUGGCAAGGAUUUUGAGAAGGCCGAGGUUGCGAGGAUCGUCAAGGAGGAAGCAAGUAAAUGA